ACAUGUGCUUAUGGAGUUGGAGAGCUAUGCGCAACCAGACGAGCCGACGGCCAUACCUCGCGAGAGCAAAUCCGUGAUGGCUACGCAUGGCUAUUUGGCAGCAUGCAACCUAAUGUUUGAGCGCGGUUUAUUGUCACAUCACAGAGUGACUGCUCAAAAUCAACACGUUCUGCACAACAUCUUGGAGGGAUAUCGCUACUUCGAAAACUGGGCUAAAGAAUUGGAAGACAUGAGCGACUUCCAACCUAACUCCCCAAGAGAGAGACGAUUUCUGGCAUGGCAGACGUGGGAUUUGCUCAGAAUUACAGUGUCUGGAUUCCAGGGUGUCUGUGCUGAUUUCUUGAGUAGGCAUGGCGAUAAACAUUUCAUUUCCCCGCUACGCAUCAACGGCAGCGCAGUGGAAAGUCUUUUCUCAAGGCUUAAAGCUUACACAGGUGGUAAACUCACAUCUAUAAGCUACCAGACAUCUAGAAAAAGUAUUAUUAUACAAGAUGAGACAAAACACCCUAGUAUAGAGGGAUACCGAGACGUACCGUUAUUCCAUCACUAUGAUGGUUGAAUAAACACGUUGACCGAUA